AUGCGCACCGCUUUCUCGCUCGCCGCCCUCCUCGCCUUUGUGUUCGCCCUCGUCUCGGUCGACCAGGCAGCCGCCAAGUUCUCCCAGGGCAACAUCGACCUCACUCGCGACUGGACCCUCCAGUACUCGACGGCCAAGUUCUCGACGACGGAAGCGUUCUGCAAGAAGUUCCGCUCGGCCUGCGUCAACUACGUCGGGCCCAUUGGCGUCUACGGCAGCCACCACCAGCUCGACUGCGUCUUCUCGGACGCCAACGGCAACCCGCUCCAGCCUGGCCCCCGCAUCCACGCCUUCUGCGGCGGCCUCGCCAAGAACCCGGACGGCACGUGGACCAACGGCGGCGCCGUGACCGACUACACCAAGCAGCUCGUCAAGAAGAGCUUCUCGUCGACCGUGUCGGUCAAGGGCGGCCCGAUCUCGCUCGCCGAGUGCACGGCGUUCAAGAAGAAGCACCCCAAUGUCACCUGCAGCGCCUGA